UCAAGAUAGACGCCAUUGUCGAACAAGCUGCGGAACGCACGAUACGAAACGUUGCGCAGGCAUGAAAAUGAUAAUGCACAACAUAUGAUUACAACGUCCAUGUUUGUGGCAUGAAUAACCACCUUGUAUCAAACCGAGUUCAACUGAAAUAACAUUUCACCGGUAUCCUGAUGGAUCUAUCGCAUCAAAAUAGUGGAAGAGCACCACGAAAAAUACUUUCAUGUGCUAUUUGUAAAAAGAAGUUUUAUACUGAUAGCGAAUUGUCCCAGCACAUGCUUAUUCACCCUGGAGAAAUACAUUAUUCAUGUAAGUUCUGUCCGAAGAAAUUUUUGUUGGAUAACGAUUUGAAAAUGCAUUUACGAGUUCACGCUGAAAAAAUUCCGAAUUCAUGCGACGUAUGCCUGAAGUCAUUUCCUUCGAAGAAGAUUUUGAUAUCUCACGGACGAGAACACACCGGAGAACAACCUUUUUCGUGUGAGCUAUGUCCGGAGAAAUUUUCUUGGAGGAGUCAAUUGAGAGAUCAUAGGCGUGUUCAUACCGGAAUAAAAUCUUUUUCGUGUAACGUAUGCCCAGAGAAAUUUUUUACGAAUGGUGAAUUGAAAAUACAUAUGCGAGUUCACCCUGUAGAAAAACCUUAUGCGUGCGACAUGUGUACGAAGAAAUACUCUUCGGAGAACAUUUUGAUAGCUCAUAGACGGUUUCACACCCGAGAAAAAGCUUUUGCGUGCGAGUUAUGUCCCAAAAAGUUUUCUUUUAUGAGUAAUUUGAGAAAACAUACGCAAGUUCACUCCGGAGAAAUUCCUUAUUCAUGUGAGGGUUGCCGGACGUCUUUUACUCGAAGAGGUAACUUAAAAUAUUGUACGUUUGAAAAUCCAUACCAGAGACACGCCUGUACAUGCCGUUCGAUGGGUACUCAUUCACAGCCACUAGAUUUUCGUUCGACGUGUGUCUGAUGCCAUUCCUUUUUUUGUUAUAACCUUUGUUAUGUCCUCAUAUAAUCCAAUGUUAAAACAUUUCGUGUAUUAUUUGCAAUAAACAAUUUUUUUGCUUA